AGCGUUCGAGGAGCGCAGAGAAAAUUUUCAAUCAUGAAGAUGGCUGACGGUUCAACAAUCCUGAGACGAAACAGACCAGGAACGAAAGCAAAGGAUUUCUCCAGCUGGCCCGAUGAGGUGUUCGAGGAGAUGGACAGCACCCUCGCGGUGCAGCAGUACAUCCAACAGAUGAUCAAAAAGGACCCAUCCAAUGUGGAUCAAAUACUCACGAUGCCCGACGGCCAGGAUGAGGGCGUUUGGAAGUACGAACAUUUACGACAAUUCUGUAUGGAACUGAACGGGCUGGCGGUUCGACUACAGACGCAGUGUUUCCCUGCAACCUGCACGCAGAUGACGGCCACCGAGCAGUGGAUAUUUCUGUGCGCUGCCCACAAAACACCAAAAGAGUGCCCGGCAAUCGAUUACACCCGUCACACGCUCGACGGGGCCGCGUGCUUGCUGAAUAGUAAUAAAUAUUUCCCCAGCAGGGUAUCGAUUAAGGAAUCGUCGGUAGCGAAGCUAGGUUCGGUGUGCCGUCGCGUUUAUCGAAUUUUUUCGCACGCCUACUUCCAUCACCGGCGAAUAUUCAACGAGUUCGAGGAGGAAACAUCGCUCUGCCUGCGAUUCACCAACUUCGUAACGAAAUACACGCUCAUGUCGAAGGAGAACUUGAUCGUUCCGAUCCCGGAGGGUGAGCUUACGCCGGGCGAAAGUGAAGCUUAAGGUGCAAUGAAACAGUGGGUCCCUUAUCGCGCCCGUCACUGUCCACGCACCCUAGCACCGCUGGCACGUUUUUUCCCCAACAAAGGCCAUGGCGAAGGCAUUGCAUCCCCUCAAGAAUGGAAAAGAAAUAUGAACUUCACAAAUUCCUUCACCGGUCCCCACAAAAGGCGUGAUCCUUUUCGGGUGAUCCCGUCCCAGCCACUCCGAACAUGAUGCGUGGCUUUUUGAAAAAAAAAAUCAAUCGAUCACUGAUUCUAUUCAACAAGCGACUUUCCUUAGAAUAUAACUCAAACGUAAAUAUAUUUAUAUAUUUUUUCAUCCCAGUUUCUUUCUACCUAUCUUGUUAAUUUUAUAAUUCGACAUCGUCUGCAAAACGAACAGCACUGUACGUACUGUUCUACGGUGACAAUUUAUAUUAGGCAAAAGUAGUAUCGGAACAUUAGCGGGAUCGGAAGCAGACGGAAUCACGUGGUUAGGCAGGCUAGAUGCUAGGAACACCAGCUGACAGUGUAUAUGCGCAUAGACGACCAACCAACACCCUAAUAACAAGAAACAAAAACAAUAUUAAACAAACGCAAAGAGCAUUAACAACGGCAACCGAGGAAAGCACGUAAACAUAAUGGAUAAAACUAUACAUAUAUAAAUAUAUGAAUGUAUAAAUAGUAAAACUAUUAUUUAAUUGAACAAAUUGACACAAUAAUCAACGUUGUAGUGGACGAGGAAGCGAAAUAGAUGAGAAAACAUCGAUCUGCGCGGAGAUCUAAAAUUUAACAACACGUACCACGGGCCGCAAUGAAUCCGAAUCCAAGAGUUUAAGAGCCGAUGGUUUCUGGCAUAGAUGAAAGCGGAAACGGUUUUCAAAGUUCAAAGCAAUAACGGACAGCAGCCGGACAAGAGAAAGAGGUGCCGUUUGGACACCGGUAAAGCGAUAACGGGUCCGCAAAACGCCGGAGGGACGGUGAACCUUUUUUGCGAUGCUGCCUUUUUCUAAACUAUUUCAUUCAUUACUAGAGUCUUAUGUUCGACAAUCGCAUGUGCCAGAUGGAACCGUACCUCCGAUCCCAUUGCACGGUGUUUUCAGUUCUAUGUUACAAAACACGUAUUGGAAGAUCAAGUCAUUUUUACACAAAACGCAGGAACAGUUCAAACAUAGAAUCCCAAAAACUAGCUCGGAUGGCAAUUAAACCACCGACCAAACAAACAAAAUGGGAAUACCACAUUUCGCCGAGGUACCGUAACUUCUUAGCUUUGGCAUGUUACGAGCAAAGUAUCAACACUAUUAUGUACGGGCGGAUAAAAUAUGAGAAAAGUAA